AUGGCACCUUUAACACGCAAGAGAAAGGCCGAACAAAAGACCACAAAGGCAGAGGAGACUCCCGUUGAGACAACAUCAUCAGAAGAAAAGCGCAAACUACCUGUGAGAGCCAAGGAUGGCGAGCCCAGUUCACCAGUACAGCCAAAGGCUACAAAGGUCGUUUUCGGAGAUGACGAUGAUAUGAGUGCGCCAGUCGCUCCUGUGAAGAAACCUGCACCUGCACCCAAGAAGGAGGAGAUAGCGGACAGCGAUGAAGACAGCGACGAUGAUGCUCCUGAGGCUGUCUCAACUUCCAAGGUGGCGUCUGAGAUGAAGAAGUCCAAGCAAGCAGCCCAGAAAGCAGCUCAAGAACAAGCUGCUGCAGAGAAGAAGAAGCGUCGGGAGAGGGAUGAUUUCUUCAAGCAGCAAGCCGAAGAGCGCAAAAAGCUAGAGGAGGAAGAGAAAGAGAAGGCCGAGAAGGAGGCUCCCGCUGAAGAGAACGACGAGGAGGAUGAGCCUGCCCAGUCACUCGUGCAACAGAAGGCUUUUAACCUGCUGCCAGCCGAGCUGUUGGAGGACUCAAGUGAGGACGAGGCCGAGGUGGAGGAAGACGACCAACAAGAAGAGGAGCGUCCCAGAAAACGUCGCGUCGCCACUGUGGAAAAGGAUCUUGCUCGCCAAAAUAGGGGACCAAAGGAUGAGCGCAUUGGCUCGACAGUGUACCGCGUGGCGAAGAAGACAGACCAGAGGAUGAUGCCCAAGUUGAACAAGCAGGGAAAGAACCGCAAGGACGACCUCUUGAAGAGAGGACGAAGCGCUGUGAAGCCAAGAUCUGGCUUCUUUGUCAAGUAG